UUCGCGUUCUCUCUCUCUCUCUCUCUCUCUCUCUCUCUCUCUCUCCUCCGAAGCUCAUGCUCUCUCUCUCGACCUCUUGAAGCGAAACGCUUCGGAGAAGAAGCGAAACCCUAGCUCCGCCGCGUCGCCAUGAAACCCUCCACCUCGUUCGGCUUCAUCGCCCUUCUCAUGGCGCUCGUCCUUCUCGCCACCAUGAAGAUCCAGUACGAGCACCUCAAGAUGGAUCUACAGCGCUACUCAUCCACGGCGUCCCCAAGAGUAUUGAGGAGUGAGCUCGAGGGAUUGCCUCGUGGGAUUGUGGAGGCGACCUCCGACAUGGAUUUGAAGCCUUUGUCGAAGAUCUCGAGGUCAAAAGACAGAAGUAACAACUACAGCGCUCUUCUGGCGAUGGCAGUUGGCAUUUCACAAAAGGAGAAUGUGGAUCGGAUUGUUAGUAAGUUUCUUAUGGAAAAUUUCGCGGUAAUACUUUUUCACUAUGAUGGGAAUGUGGAUGGAUGGCACGAUCUUGAGUGGAGUAACAAGGCAAUACAUAUACUCGCUCGUAGCCAGACAAAGUGGUGGUUUGCUAAGCGCUUUUUACAUCCAGAUGUUGUAUCUGUUUAUGAUUACAUAUUUUUGUGGGAUGAAGAUCUAGGAGUAGAGAACUUUCAUCCUGGAAGGUACUUAGAGAUAAUGUCUUCUGAAGAAUUGGAGAUAUCACAGCCUGCUUUGGACCCUGAACUAUCAUCUGACAUUCACCACAGAAUUACAGUUCGAAACAAAUUGGUGAAGGUCCAUAGGAGAGUAUAUGGCCUUCGUGGAAGUGUGAAUUGCACUGAUGAAAGUAAAGGACCUCCAUGCACGGGGUGGGUUGAAGGGAUGGCUCCAGUUUUUUCUCGGGCUGCAUGGCGAUGUGUGUGGCAUCUCAUCCAGAAUGACCUGAUUCAUGGAUGGGGACUGGACAUGAAGCUCGGUUACUGUGCACAGGGUGAUCGAACACGGAAGGUUGGCGUGAUUGACAGUGAAUAUGUUGUUCACCAAGGAAUACCCUCUUUGGGAGGAUUAUCAGUUCGGAAGGAAAGGGGCAGGCCAAUGGAUUUAAGAAUCCAGCAGAUAAGGAGGCAAUCGACGGCCGAGCUGAAAAAGUUCAAAGAACGCUGGAACCAGGCUGUGAGGGAAGAUGACGAAUGGACGGAUCCUUUUGAUGACUUUGCGAGAGAAAAUGUGUGAUAUGAAGAGACCUUGCCACUCAAAUCUUAAGAAAAAUUAACAGCAACGCCUUAGCGUAGAUUCACAAUUAUUGGCUUUAGUGGCAUACAUUGUGGCGGCCUCUGGCGAACCUUCUAACAGCAGUUAGGUUAGGAGCUUGAACACACAUCUUAUAUUUCGUUGGCUUUUUGAAGAGGGUAUAGAUCAAUACUACCAAAACGGCCAAGAGCUAAGAGCACCAUUAUUUGUCUUUUUUUCCCCACUUUUUUUGCCUGAUUAUCUCAAUUAUUUGUACAGUAAAUAGAUUUUUUUUAUUUAUGCAGAGAUUUUGAAUACCAUUUUAGGGAGAAAAUGAAUGGGAGUGAUAACUUACUCGUCUUGCCAUACAAAUCACAACAUGGAUAGUUUUGUCUUCUUAUUGUGGUACAAUAAUCCUCUCCAAUUAUUGCUCACAGUUUCUAGGUUGUUCGUGAGGUGGUGAACUCGAAUAUAAUUGUUUGCAUGCAUGUAUCCACAUGCCUUUUGUUCAUGAAUUUCUCUCUUACAGAGAGAGAGU